AUGAAUGUGGAAACUAUCCAAGAUAUUGAUAUAAAAGGAAAAAAUGUGUUUGAAAAAAGGGAAAAGAACAAAAGCAACGGUGUGGGAAAGAGCAUAUGUUUUUAUGAAGACUUUAUAAAAUUAAGAGAAAAGAUAUUAUUAAAAGAAAAAGAAAUUUUAGAAAAACGAAAUAAGUGUUUAAGUAAAAAUGAUGAUAAUUGUUAUGUAGGAAAUAAGAAUAAAGUUAUAUAUCGAACAUUCGAUGAAUUUUAUAAAUAUAAAAAAUCAUGUGAAGAAAACGAACAUAAAAGACAAAAAGAAGCUUUGCAUUUAUUAAACAAAAGGAAUAAAAAUAAUAAUAAACAAAUAAUAGAAUCUAUAAGAAAUAAUGAAAAGUAUUCAUAUAUAAAAUUUAAAAAGGAAAGGCAAGGUACGGUCAAAUAUUUAAAGGAAUAUUUUCAAAAAAUGCAGGAGGAUAAUUUAAAAAAAAAAAAAAAAAAUGAUGUAUUAAAUAAGUUGGAAAGAAAACCUUAUAUGAUAAAAAAGGAUGUUACAAAAGGAAUGGUAUACCGUAAGAAAGAAAAAGAUGACGAUAUAAUAAAUGGUGAUAUAAUAAAUGAUGAUAUAAUAAACGAUGAUAUAAUAAAUGAUGAUAUAAUAAAUGGUGAUAUAACAAAUGAUGAUAUAAUAAAUGGUGAUAUAAUAAAUGGUGAUAUAAUAAAUGGUGAUAUAAUAAAUGGUGAUAUAAUAAAUGGUGAUAUAAUAAAUGAUGAUAUAACAAAUGAUGAUAUAACAAAUGACAAUAUAACAAAUGACAAUAUAACAAAUGAUAAUACACCAAAUGAUUAUAUAACAAAUGAUAAUACACCAAAUGAUUAUAUAACCAAUUAUCUUUCCAUAGAUAACUCAGAAAACUUACAAUUUGAUAAUAUGAAUGAGAAAGAAAUAAAAUUACUCCAAGAAUUAAUAAACAAUAUGAAAAAAAAUUGUAAGAACGAUGAAGAUUAUAUCUCUAAUGUAAUUGAAGAUUUAUAUAAUAAUAAUCAAAUAUAUAUUAUUGAUAAGAUAUAUAAUAUUUUAAAAAAUGUAGAUAAAGAGAUAUUACAGGAAUCUAAAUUAAAUGCCAUUAAUUAUGAUGCUUCACAUUUAUUCUUAAAUAAUAAAGAGAUGUUAAUGAACGGGGAUAUUUUACAAAAAAAUAAAAAAGUACCCAGUAUGGAAAAUAUAGAUAUUAAUAAUAUGGAUAAUUGUAAGAAUCAAAAUGAGAGCAUACAAAAAAUAAAUGAUUACAAAAGAACAAAAAAAAAUCAAGCACAAGAAAUAUUAGAUAAUAUGAAUGAAUACAUGUACUAUAACAAAUGUAAUAAUUAUGUAAAUUGUAAUAGUGACUUCCAUGAGGUUUUAUGGGAAAAACAAAAUGAUGAUAACAACAAAAAAAAUGAUGAUAAUUAUAAUGAAUACAUACUUACAUUAAAUAACAAAGAAGAUGUCAAUAUAAACAACGAAAAUAAUAGCAAACUUUUUGUAGAGGAUGAUAAUUUAGAAAAUAAUAAAAACGGAGAUUAUGGUGAUAAGGACAUAAAUAUUACCAAAAAAAAAAAUAGUAAACUUAUAAAAAAAUUUAAACAAAAAAGUAAUAAAAAUAUAAAAGAUGCAAAUUACACAAACAAGUUCGACUGGUUUUAUAAUACCAUGAAUGAUAUAUAUAAAGAACAAAUUGUAAAUAAUCAACAGGAAGAUAUAAAUUCCAAUUUAUAUGAAGAAAGCAAAGAUAUAUUUAGUGAUGAGGACAGUGAAAAAAACGAUAUGUUUUUAUGGUUAAAAAAUAAAGAUAUAGAAAAUGUAUUGUGUGAAAAAAGAGCAACCAUGGAUGAAAAUUAUUAA